AUGGCCAGUGGAGUAGCGGAAGUGAGGAACAAGCAGGUGAUAUUCGGAGACUAUGUCACCGGCUACGCCAAAGAAUCCGACCUGAAAUUGACCACUACGACAACCAAACUGAAGCUUCCAGAAGGUUCCACUGGCCUUCUCGUCAAGAACCUCUACUUGUCCUGCGAUCCCUAUAUGCGAGGCCGUAUGAGCAAGAACGGCACACUCAGUUAUGUCGAAACCUUCAAGCCCGGCACGCCUGUAGUUGGUCUUGGAGUGGCUAAAGUGCUGGAAUCUGGGGAUCCAAAGUUUAAGCCAGGCGACUUGGUUUCGGGUCAAACUGGUUGGGAAGAGUAUAGUGUCAUCACGACAGAGUUUCUGAUUAAGAUUCACCACAUUGAUCAUGUGCCUCUCUCUUACCAUAUUGGAGUUCUCGGUAUGCCUGGAAUGACUGCUUAUGCUGGUUUUUAUGAGGUUUGCUGCCCUAAGAAAGGAGAGACGGUGUACAUUUCAGCUGCAUCUGGAGCAGUAGGUCAGCUUGUUGGCCAAUUUGCAAAGUUGACAGGUUGCUAUGUUGUUGGGAGUGCUGGAAGCAAGGAAAAGGUUGAUUUGCUGAAGAAUAAAUUUGGAUUUGAUGAGGCAUUCAACUAUAAAGAAGAACCAGACAUGGAUGCAGCUUUAAGAAGGUACUUUCCUGAUGGGAUUGACAUCUACUUUGAAAAUGUGGGAGGAAAGAUGCUGGAUGCAGUGCUACCAAACAUGAGGCUGAAAGGGCGAAUAGCAGUGUGUGGGAUGAUCUCACAGUAUAACCAGCUGGAGCGACCUGAAGGCAUCCAUAAUCUGAUGUCUCUGAUUGUUAAGCAGGUCCGCAUGGAAGGAUUCCGGGUCUUCAGUUACUAUCAUCUGUAUGGAAAGUUUCUUGAAACUAUGUUGCCUUACAUAAAAGAAGGGAAGAUUACAUAUGUGGAAGAUGUACUUGAAGGCCUUGAGAACGCUCCGGCGGCUCUAAUGGGGCUCUUUGCUGGCCGCAAUGUGGGAAAGCAGGUGGUUCUAGUUUCCAGGGAGUGA